AUGGCGUUAAUCGGCAGCUGGAAGGUAGAGCGCAACGAGAACUAUGACAAGUUCAUGGAGAAAAUGGGUAUUAACGUGGUGAAAAGGAAGCUUGCAGCCCAUGACAAUCUGAAACUGACAAUCUCACAGGAUGGAAAUAAAUUCACCGUCAAAGAAUCCAGUACAUUUCGAAGCAUCGAAAUUGUUUUUGAACUUGGUGUAACUUUUAACUACUCUCUGGCAGAUGGAACUGAACUCUCUGGGACUUGGAACCUGGAGGGAGAAAAACUUGUUGGAAAAUUCAAGCGGGUAGACAAUGGAAAUGAACUGAAUGCUGUCCGAGAAGUUGUGAAUGGUGAGAUGGUCCAGACUUAUGUGUAUGAAGGCGUACAAGCCAUGAGGAUUUUCAAAAGGGAGUAA